AUGGUUUUUGGUGAUGUCGUUGGGUUUGAUGCUACACAUCGGUCAAACAAGUAUGAUAUGGUAUUCGUUCCUUUCACUGGUAUAGAUAACCACAAUAGGAAUGUAACGCUUGGUGCUGCGCUUCUUGGAUCAGAAAUUGCUUAUUCAUAUAGGUGGUUGUUGAGGAUGUAUGUCAAGGCAUUUGGUGUUGCACCUAAAGUAGUUGUUACCGACCAAGAUCUUGCCAUGAAAAGGGCCAUUUUAGAUGUUUUACCAGAUAGCCGUCACAUGUUAUGUAUGUGGCACAUAUGGGAGAAAUUGACUCCUAAGCUCGGACCACUUUUGUGUAACAUUACAAAUUUUAAAAAAACAUUGGCGAAGAUUGUAUGGUCAGAUUCAAUUUCACGUAAUGAGUUCGAGGAGAAGUGGCAUGCAAUACUUUCUGAGUAUGGUUUAAGUAAUCAUGAAUGGUUGGGCAGUCUUUAUAAUAUUAGACAUGAUUGGAUUCCAGGAUAUUAUUUAGAAGAAAAUUUAUCAGGGCUUAUGAGUACGACAUCAAGAUCAGAGAGCGAGAAUCAUUUCUUUAAUCAAUUUUGCAAUCCACAAUCAACUUUGGUUGAGUUUUUUAGCCAUUUUGAAACUACAAUUGAGGCUCAAAGGUACGAGCAUAGAAAAAAUGAACAUGAAACAAGAUACAAUGAAGCUGAACUUUUGUUCCCUGAUUUUGUACUUGAAGAACAAGCCUCAAAGUUGUUUACACGGACAAUAUUUUUGGAUCAACAAUUGGAGAUUGAUGAUGCCAUUAACAAUUGUGUGUCUGUUUCUAGACAACAAGUAGAUGGUUGUAUGAAGUUUGAACUUGAGGAUAUCUUACAGCCAUGCACUCCAUUUUUUGAGGUUAUGUUUCGAAAUGAAGAUCAAACUAUAUCUUGUAGUUGUAGAAGGUUUGAACAAUGGGGAUUACUAUGCCGGCAUAUUUUUUAUGUUCUUAGGCUUUGUGACGUAACUGAGUUCCCAAAGAAGUAUGUGGCAAAGCGUUGGAGGAGAGAAGCCGUUCCCAAUAGUUCACUUCGACCUAUAAGGUAUGAUGAUAUCGAAAACAAUGGUGAUGAUAUUCAAGAAAUACUUCGUGAAAUAAGGUUUGCAAAUGAAUAUGCAAUAAAUCGAUUGAUUCAAGACAAAGAGCAGUUGUGUCUUUAUAGAGAUUAUCUAAAAGCUUACAUGUCUAAGGCUGAUGAUGUUCAAGUUGUUGCUCCGGCUCCUAGUAGGAGAGAUAGAUUUGUAGAAAUGACUGGGACUAGUGAACCAUGUGAUGUUAUAGUUAGAAAUCCAAUUAAAACAAGAACAAAAGGGACUCAUAAGCGUUUGAAGUCAGCUCGUGAGAUUGCAAUUACUCGAGCUUGGAAGAAACAAAAAGGAUGCAGUUUUGCCAAAGGUACUGGUCAUAAUGUAUGCGCAUGCAGUUUACGCAUACAAAGUAUUAAGGAGAAAGAAGCGACAUGUAGUUCAGCAGUUACCAAUAUGCAAGAAUAG